UCUCAAUGUAAACAAUCCGUGAAAGUGGUGGUUGAUAAAAAAAUAGAUUACACCAAUCACAAGAUUUUCAGAAUAUCAAGUAACUAGACGCCGAUCUUUCAAGUUCGUGAUUUGAUCGGGAAAAUGACGAACAAAUCUCUCAUUAGAUUUGCAGAAACACAAGUAAAGUGUGAAGAGGUACUUGAACAGUAAUGUUAUGUCAGUAUUCUCCAGUGGAUGCUAUUGGAUAUGAAGAAGAAUGGUUCAUUUUAGAAUACUGGACGUACGGUGGGCUUGGCGCUAUCGUACAAUAUUCAUCAUCUGUAUCCUGAUCAUGAGUUUACAGAUAUUCUUAGCUGUGAUAUUUUUUACUUUAUACGAUGAAACUGAUAGGAACUCUUCUAGUGAUAUUUAUUUUAAAAAUGCACCUUUAUUUAAUCAAAAAAAAGAUAGCCAAUAUCAUGACAUAUUAUCGAAGAACGAUGGGAUCUCAAAUGAACAAAAAGACUCAGAUAUAUUUAGGAACAAAGAAAACGAACCGAGUGCCAUAUUAAAUAAAAAACCCACUUCGGAGAGGUACCGUUCAACAACUUUGUGUAAUAUCACCGGAAAAGAACCCGUUUCUGCAAUUAAUCGAGCUAAAACAUCAUACUGCAGGCAACUAAUACUCAAUACGACGUGUUUAGUUCAGAAUGGACAACUUUAUCCGCAAAGUUUACCUCAUUCGUGUCCUACAAAUGGACUUCAGAAAGAUAAAUCUUUGGGAUGUUUCCGGGACUCGAACUCGCUUAGACUACUAACCGGUGCAUAUUACAAUUCGAGUAAAUCGAAUUCUCAAACAUUCUGUAUAAAUAAAUGUCUUCGAGCUGGUUUUCCUUACGCCGGAGUUCAGUUCGGUGGAGAGUGCUUCUGUGGAAACGAAGAACCUUCUGUAGUCUCACAAAUACCAGAUUCAUCGUGUAACAUGAGAUGUCCUUCGAACGAGAGUCAAAUUUGUGGCGGAUAUUUAACGAUGAAUGUGUUCGAAACUGGAGUAGCAAAAUUCAAGCCACAAAACGUAAACGAAAUAUUUUCACAAGAUGACGCACUCGAUUCACCAGUUCGCGUGGUUUUUCUUUUGACAUUGAAUGGGCGAGCUAUUCGCCAAGUGCUGCGGUUAAUUAAAGCUCUAUUUCAUCGUGAUCAUUUCUUCUUCAUUCACGUCGACGCUAGGCAAGAUUACCUAUUCAACGAACUGCAAUCACUCGAGCUGAAAUUACCCAACGUUCGUUUAUCUCGUCGACGUCACAGUACAAUUUGGGGCGGUGCAUCUUUACUAACCAUGUUGCUAGAGUCGAUGUCCGAAUUAAUUCAAUCGUCUUGGGAUUGGGAUUUCCUAAUUAACUUGAGUGAAUCUGAUUUUCCCAUCAAGAGCAAUAAAGAAUUGGUAGCGUUUCUGAGCAACAAUCGUAAUAGGAACUUUGUCAAGUCGCAUGGAAGAGAUGUUUAUCAUUUUAUUCAAAAACAAGGCUUGGAUAAAACAUUCGUCGAAUGCGACGAACACAUGUGGCGUAUUGGUAACAAAGCAUUACCAUCGGGGAUCGUAAUCGAUGGUGGAAGUGAUUGGAUUGCUCUAAAUAGACAAUUCAUCAAUUAUUUAGUCACCGCUCAGAAUGAUAGAUUACUCGAUGGACUCAGAAUUAUUUUUAAACACACUUUACUUCCUGCUGAAAGUUUCUUUCACACCGUCUUGAGAAAUUCGAUAUUUUGUGAUACGUAUAAUGACAAUAAUCUUCACAUCACCAAUUGGAAAAGACAUCUUGGAUGUAAAUGUCAAUACAAGCAUGUUGUAGACUGGUGUGGCUGUAGCCCAAAUGCAUUUACAUUGGAUGAUUGGACCAGAAUACAAUCUACGGUAAAUAAAUCCGCAUUUUUUGCUCGAAAAUUCGAUCCUACAGUCAAUCAACAAGUUAUCAAUCAGGUAGAAGAGUGGUUAUACGAGCAAUACACCGAUGAGUACAACAGCAAAAAGAAAUACUGGCAAAAUGUUUAUCAUCAUACGGAUCGUAGUCCGCCUCCCGACGACGCAAUACUUUCUGCUUGUUCUAGUCUUUCUCGGCAUGCAACAAAAAUCAUUUCCACUGAUCAUUUCAUAUGUUCGAAAUUAUCUUUUAAGAAAGUGCUGCAAGUUCAUUCUUAUUACGACGAAAAUAUUCAUAAAGGAAUUUUAGUUAAUUUUGAAGCUACCUCAGAAGCCAAUAUUUCUAUUAUUUUGGAAGUUUGGUUUUCAUUCGAGCCUUCGUUCACACUAAAUCCACAUGUUCAACUUUCUUCCAGAUUUACAGAUUUAGUGGUGAAUACAAAUUUCGACGCUAAAGAAAAAAUGUCACGAAACUACGUUAACGCUAUGGGACCGAAUUCCGAACCAGUUCUCAUCUACUCUAUUAUUUCUGGCUUACCAGCCUCCAAUAUUUCAGUAAUUUGGAUGAAUCCGGUGAAUGUGAUUGAAGAAGUUAAUGAAAUUUCUUUAGAUGAAAGCUUAGGGAUACAUCACGUGAAACCAGACCUCAAAACACCGCUGCUACCAGGUCAAUGGCAAAUUCACUUGAUCCAUAUGGAUGAAGUUUUGGCUUCGGUGAAAUUUCUAAUCAAUCCUCUGGAAACAGUGUCUGGAAAACCGAUCAUAUUGGAGCAAGCCAAAACAACUCAUUUUGGUUCCGAAAACACAUUCAAAAGUGCGUACGACGAGACGUAUUUGAAAUCUAUAUUAAAUUUAGUCGAAGACCACAAUGACGUAGUACGAUUAAAAAAAGACUACGUAGAGAAGUCCAAAUACACCGGAUUACAACUUCAGCAAUGGCUGGAUGACUUAGUUGUAAGAUCGUUCAAAAUGGUAAAUGUAUGUCACAAUAACGAGUUGUCGAAAGAUGAAUGGAAAUGUGUUCGUGAAAAUGUACAGCAGUGCAAAGUAUCAUUAUGGAGUUCAUUCUCACCGGAUCCUAAAACACAUAUCACCACGGUUAAUAAAUCAACGGGAAGACUGAAUAGAUGAAUUUAUAUCAUGUUGGUUGUAAUUUUUUUUUCAUCGGCGAUGAACAAACGAUCAAAAUUAAUUUUAAGUACUUCACGAACAAAACGUUUUCGAAACAGGUAACACGAUAAUUAAUUGAGGAAAUACUACAUAGACAUACGUAUUUCUUCCGUUUUUUAUUUUAUUUAUUUAUUCAAACGCGUUUUUUGUACCUAUUUAGUAUGUACUAUUGAUAUGUAUUAUUAAAAAUAGCUCUUUUCCUCCGGUGAAAAUUUUAACUAUCGUGUUGCUCGGAUUCAGAAGUAAUAAAAUAAUUCAACGAGUUUUUAGUCAAUAUCACGUAAACCUAUUAUUAAUCGACCUAAUGUUACCAUCGCAUUUUCCUGAUUCUAAAACUUGAACUAUACUUAAACAGGAACCUGGAGUUCAUUGGUUUCAAGUAAAUCAUUAUUCGUGUUUUAUUUUUUAUUUACGUAUUAAUUUUUUCUAGUAUUAUCAAUUUUACUUGUGAUUUGUUUUGUAAUUCCCUUCCCCCACCAAUUUUCGUAAUUUAUAUACGUACGUAUGUACCUACCACGUAAAUAUAGGUACAUGGUUUGUGAAAAUUACUGACUUCCUAUGCGUCAUAAGGUUUGUGAAUGAUUUUUAAUAAAACAAUAUCGUAAAA